AUGGUCAUUACACUCAGGCCCUUCAGGCUUGGCUUCUUCACCUUCCUUGGCUUCUUUGACAGGCCAUCAGAAGCAGCCACUUAUGCGAUUGAUGCUCAUGGACAUUCACGGGCGCUCAUGAGGCAAGAAGCAACCAACCGACAAGCAUCGUUGGAGGAGGGGGAUCCAGACAAUGACUGUGUUUGGGGCGAUUGGCAGGACUGGACUCAGUGCACCGUGACCUGUGGAAAUGGCAUGCGGACGCGACAAAAAAGCCAAGAAUCCAUUGGAGAGGCAGCUGUCUCUGGUGAGGUGACCACGACAGAUGCCAAAGAGGCAGCUGACGAGGAUGCCCCAGUGGCCGUGCCAAGCCCGGAUCAAGCUGGAUCGGCUCAGACCUUUGGCAUCGUCCUACUCUUGGUGCGGAGACCUGAAACGUUCCGACCGUCUGACGGCGCAAAGGAACGUCGGGGCGUUCUCCGCUGGAUCGGUCGAUGCUACGAGCAACGCGUGGCCGGAUACACUGGCUUCAUUGCUGUAGUGGACUUCACAUCCCAACAGGCCUUAGGCCAGGUCUUCGCCGACUUUUACAAGGUAGAAAUCACGCACGACCGCCUGAGGCAGCUCGCCCCGAAGCGCCUCAACUCUGAAGGGACUGGCUCGGGCAACCGUCGCGUGCCCCGCGACCCGCGGCGCGGCCCGAUGGAGAUCGCCUUCGUGGCGCCGGAGGCUGUGCCGGGCUGGUCCAGCAGGCGCAGCCAUGGAGAUCUCCACAGCUCCGCUUCCAGCUCGGCGCCGUUGAGACCAUCCUCAACCUCCUGGGAACCCGUGGCGCUGGGUGCGGCGCUGGGCGCUGCCGCGGCCACAUCCCGGCGGCGACCCAGCAUGGCAGCGCGUGGUGGUGAAGCGGCGGAGGAAGCCACGGACUUGGAGAAGGCCGUGGCGGAGGGGCGCAUGAUCACAGUGGAAGAGUCUACGAUCCGGAAGGGACUCGGUGCCUUUUUCUUAGUGCUCUUCCUUUGGCAGGCCUCACUCGUCAUCUCCACCGGAGCUGCGACACUCAGCAUCGGUGGUUCCAGCUAUUCCACGCUGGCCCUCUUGGCCUCCAAUGCGGCAGGGUUUGCGGGCAGUGGCUCCUUAAACCUCUGAGGCUGUGCCGCCUGGGGACCUCGGGGCUUCAAUCUCCACGCCAGUCAAGAUGAAGUUUUCUGUGGAGAUGACACGACGUGCCGUGUCGUUCUUUUCUUUUUUUACUUUUAUUACUUUUGGGUUGUUAUACUGUAUGUUGUUAUGCAGGUUACCCAUACAUCAAGAAACCCAUGUUGUUGGGGUGUGUACUGUACACAGUCGUACACGUAACAAUGUCUA